ACGGGUAUUGGAGGUCUCCUACAUAUAUAUACCUGUCCAAAGUGUGCACCUGCACUAGUGUAGCAGCGCUCACCGGUAGGGACAGAAAUGGCCUCAAGUGAGGGAAACACUUACAAAUUGACAUCUUUGGACAGUGACAUCAAUCAGCACUUUCAGGAUGCAAUCGAUGUGAUUCAGCAACAUUCGAACAAUUCAUACUACGAUUCAGAUUAUUCAUAUUACGAGAAUCUGGGAAGUCACCACCAAUCACUGCAGUGUCAGAUCUCCUGUUGCCUCGUCACACACCAGUCUGAAGUCCCAACUCCUGUUUAUGACUGGAAUGACAUGGCUCAGCAGUCUUGGCCUCAGGUCAUACCUGAUGUCGCGUUGAGUCACUCAGUGCAAAAUGAAUCCCCACAUUUUUACUCCAUCUUACCACCACAAAGGAAUGGCAAAGGUCGGAAGAAGCUCAGACUUUAUGAAUACCUGCACGAGGCUCUGAAUGACCCCAACAUGGGCGACUCAAUCCAGUGGACGGACAGCGGCAGCGGCACCUUCCACUUCAUCUCCAAAAACAAGGAGAAGCUGGCUGAGUGCUGGGGCCAGCGUAAGGGCAACCGCAAGACCAUGACCUAUCAGAAAAUGGCAAGAGCUCUGAGAAACUACAGCCGUACUGGGGAGAUCAUCAAAGUACGCCGCAAACUCACCUACCAGUUUAACCCAGACAUCCUGCACAGGCUCGGCUCUGCACAUGUGCCCAUGCACCUGCCCCGUCACCCUCCACAGGAGGAGGCCCACACCCAGCAGCACAAUCCAUCCGAGCAGAGCUACUGCGGGUCUGCAGCAGCAGACUGGCACAGCUGGUACGCUCACUAUCAGCCGCACGAAGAUUACGACCUGGCCGCAAGCUUCACCUCACACACCAAACUCUGAUGUGGCGGAGAGCUCUCAGGAUGUCAAAGUUUUCAAAGACUCAAAUAUUUUCGUUACAUGCUGGAUCCUGGUUGUAAAAUGUAUUAAUUUACAAAAAACCUAUAAAAAUGUUUUGUUGUUUUCUUUUGUUUUUUGUUUUUUUUAUUUCAAUACCUUUACUGAACAACAUACACAUUUUCUGGCAGUUGCAACCAGUACUGUGUGGAUUAUUUAACAUACUGUUUGCUUACCAGAUUGACUUCAAGGCAGCAGCAACAAAAGUUAAGAGUAAAAUUAACCUCACAGAACCAAAUUAAAGUGGUUUUCCUUAGAGGUUUUCUUUCUGGAUCCCUAUUUAUUCAAAGCAUGUCAUUAUUUGAGAAUUUGGGACAGAAAAAGUAACAGACUUUGUAAAUUGAUUCUGUAUGCUGUGAUUUAGAAGUGUUUGUGUACAUUAUUUAAGUUGCUUUUAGUAGUAUAUGAAAGAGAUUUCACUGUAUAUUACUUGUAAAUAAGACUUUAAUAUUCUCAUUUUGUAAUUUAUAACAAAAUAAAUUUAAACUGUAUUGCUUUAGCAACACUUUAGUUGGAUGAUACAGGCACAUACUUUUAAAGAAGGGGUAAAGUUAAAAUGACGGAUGAUCCAAAGCCAUCAGUUAAAAUCAAGGAUGUCACUAAAAUUUUAAUUUGUAUACUUGUAUUUCUUUUAUUGCUAAUAUUAAAAAAAAAAAUUAGCAAUUAGUGAACUGAAAUUCAUGAUUACAAAUCUGUUAGCGUCUGUAGUGCCUGUUUUACUCUUCCUUUCUUUUCUUUUUUUUUAAACCUAUGUGGAUCUCGUGCAUUUAGCAUAUUGUUUUACUUUAAUAUGCUCCAGUUUUCCUUUUGCCUUUUGGAUUGUUUUUAUGUCAGUGUAAGCAUUCAACAACACUGUUGUAAACAUUUUUACGUGUCCAAAUAAAUCAGAGUAAAU